UCAGUGAUCUGUAGCUUGUCUCAACAGACACUCCCAGCUUCCAAUCAUGCAGAUGAAGAAGGGCAUUUAUACAAUGUUCCGCUUCUCCUUCCCAAUCAUUGGCUUCUUUCUGGUGUGCCUAGGAGCCUUCUACGUAUCUUCAAGCUACUCUAACAAUUCUCAGAAUGAGACCAUUGUGGCAUACACUCUUAUGCCCUUAGGAUUUGUCCUUCUCCUGGUUGGAAUUUUUUGGAGCACGUAUCAUGAGGCUAAUCACAAAAGUUUGUUCCACAAUGUGAUCAGGCGAAUUCACAAUCAACAACAAGUACAAAUUGAGACAAUAGACAGGCCAGAUUACUACCCUCCAUCUUAUGACAGUGUAAUUUGGGAUAUCUCUCUGCAUUUAAAUACAAACCGCCAAAUCAUUCUGUGCGAACAGAGCUUCAACAUCCCCCCUCCACUGUACUCUGAGAAUGUCAUGGAUGUGGUGGAUGAAACCUAUUUGUGUGAGGAUCCUCCACCUUCAUAUGAAGUUUCAGUACGUGAAUCCACCUCUGACUCCGCAGCCAGCUUGGAAGGGCAGCAAGAGACUGACAAUAUCUCUAAUUUAGAGACAAAUGACUGAUGUGCAGUUAUUCUAUAUGACUGAUAAGGAUCUGAGGCAUAUAUAAUAAUACAGGUCAACAGCUGACCUUAGAAUUAUUCUGCUGAUGGUUAAUCACACAACCUAUACUGCGAGCUGUAGCAAGAGUCUGCGGGUGACAGCAAACAGGAGAAUGCUGUACAGUACAUGUAGAAGAGACGGAUGACCUGUGAAGCAGAUGGUUUACACAUUAUAUUGAUCUGCAAUAUUUACAGAUGUGCAACAUUUGGCUUUCCACAUGUAUAUAGGUCUUUCUGAAGGCAGCUUGGCAGUUGUAGUCCAUAUAAGAACAUGAAUGGUUUCUAAGCUUUUGUAAUGUCAUUGGUAGUAUUACAAAGCUUUAGAUAAGCCAGAGAUCAAUCAUCCCAUCAGGUGUACUGGCGCCAAUUAGAAGUAGAGAAGGCGGCUUCUCUAAAUUAGUAGUAGAUGUACAGAAGCACCUAACGCUGCUACAGUAAUGCCUCUUACUCAGGCCAAAAGCAGCACAACUUCUUAAUGUAUUAUCAAUCACAAGAUGUCAUGACAUCUGCAGCAUGCAAAUAAAGGUUUAUAGAACCGGCAUCUAGGUAAAAGGGGAUACUUCCAUGUCAAAAGUAUUAGGACAACAGAUUGGGGUUUGUUGUCUUGGUCUUGUAUUAAAUCAUGACAAUCUCCUCAAAACCUCAAUGAUGUGUGAGACGUACAAUGAAUGGAACGUUUUUCUGCCUUACAAUGCAUAAAAGUGUUAUUGAUAGAAGUCUGCACCUUAUGUUCACCUAAUUUGUAUACUAUGUAUGCUUUGUCUUGAGGGUAUGUCUUUUUUCUUUGUAAUAGCUGAUAUGUACGAGGUAUUUGUGUUUUUAUUAUUGCUUUUAGAUGCUUGUUAAAAUAAAUAUUUCAUAAAAAUUUG